UGCCACCGCCUCUACGCGUUAGCUCGGCGGCUAGAAGAAAGCUAGCUAAGGGGGCUGAACCGGGUCUGCUCCAAAAGGACAACCUAAGUAACAAAUUGACAGGUUUUACCGAAAGCAAGACAUUUUGUUCGUAAAGGUCGUGGUGAGUAUUUUGUUCCCAGACAUUUUUCAUUUUUCCUUCCUUUUUCUUUUCUUUUUGGAUUUUUUUCUACGAUGCUUUUUGGACAGGACGUAAUGUGCUGGCUAGCGAGGUAGCUGGCUUAGCGGCCUCGGAGAUGCUCAUCCCCUCCAAAAAAAGAGCACAAACGCUGGUUGUGGUUUUUAGAAAACACGACGCUUUGGAUGCCUCUUAGCAACAGUCUCGUCCACUUUUUUGCAAGUUUGUGUAGCUGUAUUUUUUGUAGUGUUUAUUGUGAAGACUUUUCUUUUACGGGACUUGCUGGUUUUUGGCACGCUUUUCAGCCAGCCGGCCAGCUAACAUUAGCAUGUUAAUAACCGCGGCAGCAGCAGCAUCCUGAUGAUUGAUUACACGUUAUCGACUUCAGAUUUGUCAGAAUUUUGCAGGUUUUGGUUUUUGCAAGACAAAGAGGAACUGGUCUGAUGGCUGUAUACUUUUUUUUUCAUGCUUUUUAAUUGUUGGUUGGCUAACGUUAGCCAUGCUAGCCGGCUUUGAUCCCGGAGGCCAGUCAGGGCCUGUGUUUCACUCUGAGGCCUGCUGAAGGCGCUGUCGGGGUCCAAGCGGGUGUGUUGUGGAUGGUUUAGUAUAAGUCGCCAGGGGCGAAGGUGAAGGUCGAGACACCAGCCCAAACUGAACCCAGCCCACAGUCUCAAACAUCAGGCAGACGGCAGCCCUGCACACAGACGCAAUGGAUCGUUCACCCACCUCCUCCAGCCUGAUGAGCGCCAGCAACGUCACCAACAAGACCGACCCACGCUCCCUCAAUUCGCGGGUCUUUAUUGGCAACCUCAACACGCUGCUGGUCACCAAGGCAGAUGUCGAGGCCAUCUUCUCUAAAUAUGGCAAGAUCGUAGGCUGCUCUGUCCACAAGGGCUAUGCCUUUGUGCAAUACGCCAAUGAGAGGAACGCCCGAGCCGCUGUCGCCGGGGAGGAUGGGAGAAUGAUUGUUGGACAAGUGCUUGACAUCAACCUGGCUGGAGAACCCAAACCGCACAGAUCAAAAAGCACCAAACGCUCCGCUGGAGACAUGUACAGCAGCAGCAGCAGCUCCUUUGACCUCGAUUAUGAUUUUCAGAGAGAUUAUUAUGACAGAAUGUACUCGUACCCGUCCCGUGUCCCUGCUCCUCCUCCCCCAUUGUCACGGGCUGUGAUCCCGUCGAAACGCCCGCGGGUCAGCCUUAGUGGAGGAAGCAGCCGGCGGACCAAAAGCAGCUUUUCCUCUUCAUCUAAGAGCAGUCAAAGGACUUCCUCAUCCAGAACAAUGAAAGUGGACGAGCUACAGACCAUCAAGAGAGAAUUGACGCAGAUCAAAAGCAAAGUGGAUGACCUCCUGGAGAGCCUGGAGCGUAUGGAGAGGGACCAUAGCAAGAAGUCAGAAGGUAAGAGUAUGAAACCAGAGCCAGGAGAGGUGACUUCACCUCCACACCCAAGCAACAAGAAGGAUGACAGCUUGAAGAGGGAGAGGGACAACCAGGACAUAAAUGACUCUGAUGAAGAAGAGGAGGACGAGGAAGAGGAGGGAGACCUGCUGGAGGAAGAGGAGGUGAAAAGUCAAGAGAGGGAGGAGGAGGAAGACGAAGAGGAGGAAGGCGAGCACGUGGAAGCAGACGAUGAUGGUGACAGCGUGAAUGGAGACGAAGACUCGUAGGCACAGAUGACAGCCCCGCAUGCGGUGUAGUCGCAGCUUCCAGAAGGACAUCGGACUCCUAUUUUAACUCUAAUAUUGUAGAUAUAGGAAAAAAACAACACGUACACACACGCACAUAAACACACACAUAAGCAUGGUGCACACACUCUGUCAUAAUGUCCCUAAAGGAGAUUUUUGUUUGCGUAUCUUGCCCGUCAUCCGGUACCCCCUAUUUACAGGAACUAGUUGUAGGUUUGGGUUUGUUUUUUACAGCGUCGUUACUUGUCUUCAAGAGAAGGCACGAGUGUGGACUAGUGAUGUUCUCAGAGACGACAGCUCGACGGACAUGUCUUAAUGUGAGGGCGAAAAUUUCUGUUUAAAAAAACGUUUUUAGCUUCAGUGUGUUUGUUUUUCUCAUCAGUGAAUUAGUUUGGCCUUGUCUAUCUGUAUGUUACUGUCAGUUUUUAUACUAUUCAGUUAAACUGUAAAGGAAUAAAU